GCGCUGGAGCUCCUCCCUCUCCGUACCUUGUGACAACAACAAUUCGUCCAGAGAGCGAGCUUCACUUUUCAGCUCCUUUCGUCCUGUCAUUCUCGCGCAAUCUUUGAUCAAUGUACCGCCGCGCAGAGCCGAAAUAUCACACACCCCAUCUCUUUCACAAACUCUUUUGAUUGCGAAACAAAUACUAUCGGAAGAGCUCGCCCGCUUGGAUUUCUCAUUUUGAUUUCUACGAACACUUUUAUACUCUGUUUUUUUUAUACUUUGAACUUAUUCUCACUGGUGACCAUGGCCGUACCGGCUGCUUUGAUCCCUCAAGCCCCGCUGGUCCAUCCACCUCCGAUCCCAACUUCUACCGCUACAACCUCCUCACCCUCGACAACCUCGUCUCCGUCUCCGUCAGUAGCACCUUCCGGACAGAACCUGUUUCGAUCGGAGCUGAUUACCACCGGCAGUCCGGGAAUCCCAGCCGGCACCCUGCCCGGCAAACCCGUGUACUCGACUCCAUCUCCAGUUGAAAACACGCCGCAGAAUAAUGAGUGUAAGAUGGUAGAAUUGCGGGGCGCUAAGGUGGCCUCUUUCACCGUGGACGGAUGCGAGCUCAUCUGCCUUCCGCAGGCGUUCGACCUCUUUCUGAAACACUUGGUCGGGGGACUGCACACCGUGUACACCAAGCUGAAGAGACUAGAGAUCACGCCGGUGGUGUGUAAUGUGGAGCAGGUCCGUAUCCUGCGAGGACUCGGUGCCAUCCAGCCAGGAGUCAACCGAUGCAAACUCAUCUCUCGGAAGGACUUCGAGACUCUGUAUAAUGACUGCACCAAUGCGAGCUCGAGACCGGGCCGGCCUCCGAAGAGGACCCAGAGUGUGACGUCGCCGGAGAACCCCCACAUCAUGCCCCACAGCGUACCUGGCCUCAUGUCCCCCGGGAUCAUCCCCUCCACAGGCCUGACUGCAGCAGCAGCAGCAGCGGCGAACGCCGCCAUCGCUGAGGCCAUGAAGGUGAAGAAGAUCAAGCUGGAGGUGAUGAGCAGCUACCACAGCGGCAGCCACCAACCCGACUCCGAGAACGGAGAGCUCAACUCCAGUGUGGACCACUUUUCAGAUAGAAACUUGAUCGAGGCUGUCUGGGAUUACCUGGAGAGUCAGAAGCAAGCGAGACAGCCACAGUCCGCAGGACUUCUCCAACAUGGUCUGGAGCUCCCGUUCAUGAUGAUGCCCCACCCCCUGAUCCCCGUCAGCCUCCCUCCCGCCUCCGUCUCCAUGGCGAUGAGUCAGAUGAACCACCUCAGCACCAUCGCCAACAUGGCGGCCGCGGCCCAGGUCCAGAUCACGCCGUCGCGCAUGGUCACCUCCGUCAUCAAGGAGCGCGUCCCUGACAGCCCCUCUCCCGCUCCCUCCAUGGAAGACGGGCGGAGACCGGGGAGCCACCCCUCCUCCCACCGGAGCAGCAGCGUGUCCAGCUCCCCCGCCCACACGGAGAGCUCCUCCGACAGAAUCCCUGUGCACCAGAACGGGCUCUCCAUGAACCAGGCUCUCCUGGGCCUGUCUCCCAGCGUCCUCCCUGGGCCCAAGGAGGGGGAUCUGGCCUCCCACGACUUGGGGCACGAAGCCAAGAGGAUACACCUGGAGAAAGAUUUUUUUAUGUCCUCCCUCAACAAUGCUGUCCGUGGGGAAGACGUGUGCUUGCGUCCUCUUCCUGAUGACACCCCGCUGUGCACCCCCACGGCCAGGGACAGCUACGAGAGACUGGCCCUGUCUGGGCAGAGCCUGCCGCCCGGGUUCCCCUCCCCCUUCCUGUUUCCUGACGGGCUGUCGUCCAUAGAGACGCUGCUGACCAACAUACAGGGCCUCUUGAAGGUUGCCAUCGACAACGCACGGGCGCAGGAGAAGCAGGUCCAGCUGGAGAAGACGGAGCUGAAGAUGGAGCUGUUUCGAGAGAGGGAGCUGAGAGAGACCCUGGAGAAGCAGCUGGCCAUCGAGCAGAAGAACAGAGCGAUCAUUCAGAAGCGGUUAAAAAAGGAGAAGAAGGCCAAGAAGAAACUGCAGGAGGCGCUGGAGUACGAGUCGAAGCGGCGGGAGCAGGUGGAGCAGAGUCUGAAGCAGUCCCCCACAGACAGCCUCCGGGCCAUCAACGACUCACUGACCCAGGACCUGGAGCCUGACCGCACCACUGGCAGAACAGACACUGAAAGGACAAUACAAGAUGGAAGGCUUUUUUUGAAAACAACGGUGAUGUAUUGAUGCCACGGCGGAGAGAGAGAGCGAGAGCGAGAGAGAGAGAGAGAUAGGAGAUUCCCAAGGGCCGUUCCCCAGGAUGAAGUAACGCCAGACACGGCCUCCGAUGCCACACAAGAAGGAAGACGUGUCUAAAUGUACAAUUAGAACUUUUCCUCCGACAGACUGACGUCGCAUAGUUGCUGCCGAGCCCGGCCCAGCAUGUACCUGUGUUAUGUGAGAGGAGUUCUGUUCUGAAGGCUCAGCGGUCCGGCUUAGAAGUAUGUCCCUGGAUCUAACCCUGGCCGUAAUAUUUCAAACAAUUACACAGCACUGAAGAUUUUUAUACUGUAUUUAAACCAGCGAGAAAGCUUUGAAAGAGGAAUCUGACUCAGAGUUUCAUGUUUUGUAUUCUUCAGUAAAAAAAAAAUUAACUACUAUAGUUAAAGUUAUCAACAAAAAAAAAAAUCGAGCUUUCCAUGAGCUUCUUAAAAAGUGGAUUUAACUGUAUGUUGAUAAAAGACACAACUAAUGUUUGAUUUAAAUGUUUUCUAAAUUAGAAGUAAAACGAUCCAACUUCCUUUUUACCAUUGUUGUAUAUAUCAGAAAAAAAGGUUCACUCACUCUAUCAAAAAAGAAGUUCAUUAAUAUGGUAUGUGUAUAUAAAUUUAAGAGAUGGUAUUGUGUAUGCAGUAGAUCUAUUAGAACAACAAUAGAAACAUUUAUAUUGAAUUUAUAGUAUUGUUUGUUUUUUUUCUGUUAAGCCAUCAUUCUAUCGAAUAGCUGCCAUUUUAGUUGAAUGCAUGCAGGCAUGUAAACGUUUGUCCUGUAGUUGCAACAGUUAAUGAAUUCUGUUUUCUGCUGGAACCGUGUGUGGGGACGGUUCAAUCAAAGCCCAGAGACACAGGGCCUGGCUUUCAGUGACAGGUUUAAGGCUCUCUGUCAGCUCUUGCUCUCGUUUGUAUAAGUACUAUGUUAGAAAAGAUUCUCCCAGAAAUCACCUUACAUUUAACUUAUUAUUAAAAGGCCGUAAGGCUUAGCAAUUUCAUUGUGUCACCCAGUGAAAUGUCUGAAAAGAAGCACGGUUCUUUUACAUAUGUAUUUUUAAUGUAUCGGUUUUAGGAACUACACAUUGUGAGUGGCUGUGGCGAAUUUUGACCAUUCUCACAAUGGUAACACCGCUGAAUUCAAGCGACCACCUUAUAAAGACUUCAAGGAACCUGCCAAUCAAACCACAGCAAGGUUUGGCCUUGCCCUCAUAGAAUGACGCAAUUUAUUGAUUAAUUAAGUUAAAUUCAGUGGUUUUGUGUCUGCGUAACUCUUAUCUUUGCACUGUUCACCUUGGCCCACAACCUAAUUUACCAUCCGCCUACAGUGUAGACGUCAGUUUUAUGCAAACACGCCGGAGUUCUGGUCUUUAGAUUCUCUGUGUGGUGCAUUGUGGGAUAUGGAGUCUGAACAGCUUUGAUUGAAUCUUCCCCUGAAUGUGUCAGUUCAUCCCUCUAACCAACCAGGAAGCUCAGCUGCUGUGAGUGUGCUGUGAGGGUGUUUCUGUGUGUAUCCCUUCUUUUCUUCUCUCUCUCUUUCUCUCUCUCUCUACCCUCUCUCUCACUCCCCCCUUUCCCUCCUUCUCUCUCUCUCUCUCUCUCAUGCAAAAAUUCCUCCUGCGUUCACAUUCUGUGCGGAUAGCUGGAACCAGGCCGAUGGCACAUGCUGUUAUUAGAAAGUGUUUUUGCAAUUGACAGAAAAUGUGGGAACGGACUUGCUACUAAUCUCACACGUUUAGCCACACAGCUCUAAUGUUUUGAUACAACACAAACGGGACAUUGCAACGCCUUGAAAUUCAAUUUACAGAUUAUAUCUAACACCAAAUUCCACAGUUUAAAGUGAAUGGAAGAAGUGCUGCACACUCAUAAAAAUAAGAUUUAUAUAUAAUUUAUAUUGCAUUCUGUGUGGUUCAGGCUACAACUGAAAGGCGAGCUAAUUCAGUUAUGUAUUUAAAAUAGUGACAUUUCACAACAAAUGGCAGAAUAAAGUUUUGAAGUGGUCUUUUGUUGCUGCCCUCUCUGUUGUGCCAGAACAUUGACACUGAGCUGAAGUGUUCCUGAGCUGCCUGAACAGUGCGGACUGGAUCUAGGAAAGAACGUUAUUUCACUUUUUAUUUUUAAAAAGGGUUAACCACUGAAGCCUGCAUUGGACGGUCAUGCCUUUAAUAAGAGAUAUUAAACAUUUUAAAAAUUUGUUACUUAUUUAUAAAUGACAUAAUUUAAGAAAGAAUUGCUGAGAAUACGCUUGACAGGUCUUGACAUUUGUAAGAUUAUGGGCAGCUAUUUUUAUAAUUAUCGUAACGGUCAUGAUUAUUUUAAUAUUGUUCCUGGGCUUUGAAAACAUUAAAUUCAUUCUCAAUUAAAAAAUUGCCAACCAUUUAUGUAAGUAAGUCUAAUGAGGCUAGCAAGAGGUUUACCUUUUUAAUUUGUAAAAUAUUUUCUAUGUAUGAUGUAUAACGUUACAUGCAGGUAUACACUGUAGACUAAGAGCAUAUUGUUCCCCUUUACUUUGUAUUACAGUACAGGAUAUCGUAUGAAUAUUUAAAGAAAGGAUGAGAAA